AUGUUGAAGCUAGACUGUCCUUUGUUCUUAUUGAUAUUGUUUUGUUUGGGAAUAUUAUUACCGUCAAAUUUAGCCUACCAUGAUUUCAACUUAUAUGAAAUCACAAGCGGAACAGAAGAAUACUUUGAUUGUUUAUACCUAAGUGCAUUCGAUCAUAUUGUUUCAUAUUGUGUCCGUCGAUCGUCAGGUGAUCAUGAAUCACCAUCUUACGAUCAAGUCAAUGGACAACCGUAUACAUCUCAACAGUUACGUGACCUUGGUGUAACCGAAAGUGAUCUAUAUGAUUGGUCAGUUUCGAUUGGUAUGAUUGAAGCAUACCAACUUAGCCAGAGUGAUGAUGAACUGUUGUAUUACCACUGCACGCCACGGUGUUUUGGUUCCGUUUGUCAAUACACGUUUAGCUCUACUACACAGUUUUUCGAUAAUAUUAUUUAUUUCAGACAAUCGAUGAAAACAUCUUCUAACCCAGCAGAUGUUAUUCGAAUAACGAACGGUACAUACUAUAUCUAUUUGAAAAACUGUUCGGAAACAUGUAUAGAUUGGCGUGAAAUAUGCGAUGGAAAAUCUGAUUGCAUUUUUGGUGAAGAUCAACAUGAAGGUCAUUUUUUAGAAUCAAAUGAUUGUGGUGAUCAAGAUAAAUUCCGUUGUCAGAACGGUCAACAGUGUAUACCAAUGACAUUGUUUCGUAAUGAUGGAAGUGCACCAGAUUGUCUAGGUGGGUCAGAUGAAACAGUAACACCCGUUUUUGACCCACCAUGUGCAUACAAUGCAAAUACGUAUUGCGACAUUCAAUAUUGUUUUAGUUGUAAAGUUCUGUUUCCCUGUGGUGGCGGGCAGUGUUCACAGCAUCAGGCACCAACAACAAUACCAGUUUGA